AAGUAUCCUAGGUUACAAAGUAUAAAACAAAUAUCCAUGAGACCAUACUGGCAUAAAAAAAUGAUUGACUGAAUAAAUAAAUAAAUACCAGGAAAACCUCCCAUGCAGAAGAAAUUCCAACAAUUCCUACAGAUAAUUCCCCAUCAAGGGGUGGAGCUGCUGAGGUGUCAGCUGUGCAUAGUGACUGGACAGUAUGCAAAGAGGGAAGAAGAGGGACUUUACAGGGGAGAAACUUGACAAGCACUGCCUCAGCCAGGUGAUCAAGGUCAACAUCAGCAGCGGUGAGUCAUGUAGGCAGUAUGUACCCCUGAUGUGACGCAAUAUGAAUGGCACUUUCCCUCUGUCAUCUUUCUCCCAAACCCCUGCCCCAGCCUAGUCAUGAGAAAAACACCCGAUAAAUCCCAACUGACGGGCAUUCUGCAAAACACCUGGCUAGUAUUCCUCAGAUCUGUCAAGGUCAUCAAAACUAAGGGAAGUCUGAGAAACCAUCGCAGCCAAACAGAGCCUAAAAAGACAGGCUGAUUAAGAAAGGGAAGACAAGGAAGUUUGAUGAAACGUGAGUCCCUGUACUGCGUGACACACACAGACCGACCCUUUAAGGAGCCCAGAGACGAGGGCACCACCACUGUCCCAACCCUGAGAGUCUGUGACACAGGGGCAGCCGGACUCCUGUGGCAAGCAGGUGGAAAAACUUGUGAAAUAUUUGGAUCCCAACGACCUGGGGAGAAUCAACUUCAAGGACUUUUGUCGGGGUGUGUUCGCCAUGAAAGGGUGUGAGGAGCUGCUGAAGGAUGUGCUGUCUGUGGAGAGCGCAGGGACACCCCCCUGUACCCCGGAGAUCCCGGACUGUGUGGAGCAGGGCAGCGAGGUGCUGGGCCCCGCUUUUGCCGAUGGCGAGCUCCUCUCCAGGGAGCCCGGCUUCUUCCCAGAGGACGAGGAGGAAGCCAUGACACUGGCCCCACCACACGGCUCCCCGGAGCUGGACAUGGACAGCCCCAUGGAGAGCACGCAGAGUCUGGAGGGGUCGGUCGGGAGUCCCGCUGAGGAGAAGGAUGGGGGGCUCGGGGGCCUGUUCCUGCCAGAGGACAAGUCCCUGGUCCACACUCCAUCCAUGACAACGUCAGACCUCUCCACGCACUCCACCACCUCGCUCAUCAGCAACGAGGAGCAGUUUGAAGACUAUGGGGAGGGAGAUGACGUGGACUGUGCCCCCAGCAGCCCCUGCCCCGAUGAUGAGGCCAGGACCAAUGUUUACUCAGACCUGGGGUCUUCGGUGUCUUCCAGCGCAGGGCAGACGCCUAGGAAAAUGCGGCAUGUGUACAACAGCGAAUUGCUGGAUGUUUACUGCUCUCAGUGCUGCAAGAAAAUCAACCUGCUGAAUGGCUUGGAAGCCCGACUGAAAAACCUGAAGGCCAACAGCCCCAACCGAAAGAUCUCUAGCACGGCCUUCGGACGGCAGCUCAUGCACAGCAGCAACUUCAGCAGCAGUAAUGGGAGCACCGAGGACCUGUUCCGGGACAGCAUCGACUCCUGUGACAAUGACAUCACGGAGAAGGUGAGCUUCCUAGAAAAAAAGGUGACAGAACUGGAGAACGACAGCCUAACCAAUGGGGACCUGAAAAGCAAGCUGAAGCAGGAGAACACGCAGCUGGUGCACAGGGUGCAUGAGCUGGAGGAGAUGGUGAAGGAUCAGGAGACCGCGGCUGAGCAGGCCCUGGAGGAGGAGGUGCGGCGACACCGCGAGGCCUACAGCAAGCUGGAGCGGGAGAAAGGCACAGAGAUCGGGCUGCUUGGCGCCAGAGUACAACAAUUAGAGGAAGAAAAUACAGAGCUCAGAACAACAGUGACUCGGCUCAAGUCUCAAACAGAGAAAUUGGAUGAGGAGCGGCAGCGCAUGUCCGACCGGCUGGAGGACACCAGCCUGCGGCUCAAGGACGAGAUGGACCUGUACAAGCGUAUGAUGGACAAGCUGCGGCAGAACCGCCUCGAGUUCCAGAAGGAGCGGGAGGCCACGCAGGAGCUAAUCGAGGACUUGCGGAAGGAGCUAGAACACCUGCAGAUGUACAAGCUGGACUGCGAGCGACCUGGCAGGGGCCGCAGCUCAUCCUCUGGCCUGGGCGAGUUCAGUGCCAGGGCCCGCGAGGUGGAGCUGGAGCACGAGAUCAAGCGGCUCAAGCAGGAGAAUCAUAAGCUGCGGGAUCAGAAUGACGACUUGAAUGGACAGAUCUUGAGCCUUAGCCUUUAUGAAGCAAAGAACCUCUUUGCCACCCAGACCAAAGCCCAGUCUCUGGCUGCGGAAAUAGACACAGCCUCCCGCGAUGAGGGGCUGCCUGGUGAGCUCGGCACCACCUCCAGCCUGGGCAGAGGCAGCACUUCAGUGACAUCCCAAAGGAUCCAUCAGGAGCUCAUGGAAGCCCUAAAGGAGCAGGAGGAGAUCAACUUCCGGCUGAGGCAGUACAUGGACAAGAUUAUCCUUGCCAUCCUGGACCACAACCCCUCCAUCCUCGAGAUCAAACACUAAGACAAGGGGGCUGGCUGCAGAGCAGCCUCAGGAACCCCCAACCCCAGGACCAAGGGGCAGAUCCUGCCUGAGGAUGCGCCCUGGGCUGGGCCUCACAUGCACACUGUAAAUGUAUUUUUAGCCACCAUUUAAUGUGUGCUGAUGUGUAUGUGGCAGCCGUGCACACAGCGAGGUGUGAGCGUGGGGUCAUGGCCAUAAGUGACAUCUGCAGUUGGCUAUCCAUGCACAUUGUUGUCCCUUUGCAAGGGGCAGAGGGUGCUAUAGAUGGUAGGGGGCAAGGUCUGCUAUCAGGAGUUACUGUAAUAAUAAGAACUGGAAGCUUGUGUUUCAGAUACUGGAGACAAUGAUUCUACCUCUGGGGAUAAGAACUUAGAGGUACCAUAGUAAGACAGGCCUCUGAUCCCCCUAGGAAUGGGAGCAAAAUGAUGCUUUCUCCAGGAGUUUGAGUGCCUAACAGCUAUAUCCUCACCAACCUCUUUGGCCCCCUUCCAGUCCAGGUGCAUGAGCUCAGAGAAGAGGAAGAGGCAUCUGGGUGGGGGGAGUGUGAGGCCAGUCCCCAGGGAACCCCCUCACUGGCUGGCAGUGCCCUCUAAUGCUCAUGCACAGUGUGUCCAAAGGCCCUUGGCUGCAGAGGACCCGGCACUGGCAACCUUCAUUCUGAGAGUUCUUGGUAUUUCUGGAGUAGUCCGUACAUUUCCCCAUCCCUGCUUACCUACCUCUCCCUUUCUGAUUUUGUUUUGUUUUUAAGACAGUGAAAAAUAAGCAGCAUCCACUUAGGUAUAAAACAAAGGGAUUAAAAGGAAGGAGAAGGAGUCUGGGAGACAGGGGUGCCUAAGGCAUGUGUUGGCACUGGGGAACAAAAGACCUGACUGUUGGGGAGGAGCACGCUGUCGGCUUUUCUGCUGCGUGUCUGCAUUUUAAGAGAAGCACCGAUGGACCAUCUCCUUGGCUUCCCUGGCUGGGAGGGUACCUUGCUUACGAGUCCCUGCUCUCCGCAGCCUGGUGAUGGCAGGCCUUGGGUCUGGAUUUCCAGAAUCGGAGUUCUGGGUUGGGCUGGGCUCGGCUCAGCUGGGUGGUGAGGCCCCUGCAUUCAGCUUUCAGAAUCGCACCUAUAUCGGUUCUCCGCCCGGGGAACAAGUGCUGUACCGGAGGGAGACACAGCUGAGGAAGUUGUAGGAAACCUUAGUCUUCCAUCCUUGUGGCUCAUGGUGGAAAUUCACACUCUGCAUUUUUAAUGUGAUCUUUUGUUCUAGGCAGCUGGGAAUAGAUAUGGCACUUUCCUUUGAAUUUUCCAGUUUGUCUUAAUUUCAUGUGGCAUGUGACUUGUUUCUUUAUAAAUAUAUAUAAGCACAUGUGGUCUUCUCCCCUACAGUUUUCUUCAGCACAUCUAGUGUGAAAAGGAAAGUUGGGGCAUGCUGGGAUAGUCUUGGAGGGGUGUAGGCAGAGAAGGGAGCGCAGUGGAGGUGGAGAGGGGAUCUGGACCUGGCUGUGUUCCCUGCUCGCAAAGGCAGGGCUGUGGCCAGAACCAAUCUUCAUUUUGUUCCAGGCAACUUUCGCUUUUGCUGGGUUUCAUGAUUUCUUUUUAAGCAUAUGUGCGGUAUUUGUGUGGGGCUGCACUUGCUCUGAUCCAGGGCUAUGAGGCCACCCACACCAGGAAGACUAGGGCAGAGGGUCACUGCCGGUCCCUUAGGACACCGGUCUCUGUGGGCCCCCCUGAAGGUCUGAGAAGGCACAGCAGUGGAGAGAAGGCCUGAGGAGUGGGGCUCUUGGGAGUUUGCUGGUACGGAGGAAUGGACAUAAAGGGAAGGAAGUCGGCCAAUCGUGACAUGGCUUUGGACUGGGUUUUGCAUCAGAAGGCCUUGCACAGAGGCCGGCCAGAUCAGGGUUCCUGGCCACGGAACGGACGUCUCAAGGCAGCACCCAGGACGAAAGACCCCGGGGGACCUGGUGCAGUGUGUGGGGUCUCCGGGAUGAGCCUGAAUUCCCUAUAACACAUGCUUCAAGUUAAAUCCAACCUUUCUCCACCCAGAAAAUACAUCUUAUAAAACCUAUUCUUGUCAAAUUGGCUUUUUAAGAUCAUGGAGCUUUUUCAAAUGCUCUUCUGUCGCUUGAAAGCUAGCCUGAGGGGGCACAUGCCCCAGGGGCCCCAGCCCCACAACCCCUGGGCAGGUUCCAGCUCCCCUGGGAUCUAGGCACGGGGAGCCGCCCUGCCCUGUUCGCUUCCUGUGUUUUCUGCCGCCUCCGUCUGUUUUCUGGUUGCUUCUGCCCCCUUUCUCUCAGUAGUGGGGCUGUAGAUAGCAUAUAGGGCGCCUUGUUCAAUUUGAAUUCCAGGUAAACAAGUAAUUCUUAGAAGUAGUUCCAUGCAAUCCUUGGGACAUGUUUAAAAUGGAGAAAUUUUUUAAAUUCUGGUAACUGGGCCACCAUCCCAGAGGUUCUGAUUUCACUGGUGUGGCGUGCGGCCAGGCUCGGGGAUGGUGCAAGAACUUCCCAGGUGAUUGUGAUUUCACUGGGUAUCCUGUGUGGGUUUUUUUUUUUUUUUCUUUGCUAAGUCUGUCAACUCUACCAAGGAGGGCUUAACAGUAAUUUGGAGUUUUGAGGAGUUUCGAGGGCCUAGGGAAGAGGUUUCAGACUCACAUUUUACAUGAGACUUGGCUAUCGUCAUGUUCAGCUGGAAAGCAAAAGGAAUUGUCUGAACCAGCAAGUGAUUUUUU